CCUAGAGCCUCCCAGGGACACAUCCACCCUGCUCCUCCUCCUGAGAAGCAUCAUGAGGUCCCUGUGGCUCUGCUGGGCGCUCUGGGCCCUGCCCCUGACCGGCCCCGGGGCAGCCAUGACCGAGGAGCAGAUCCUGGGCAGCCUGCUGCAGCAGCUGCACCUUAGCGAGGUGCCCAUCCUGGACCAGGGCGACGUGGAGAGUCUGGUCAUCCCUGCCCACGUGAGGGCCCAGUACGUGGCCCUGCUGCAGCGCAGCCACGGGACCCGAUCCCGAGGGAAGAGGUUCAGCCAGAACUUCCGAGAGGUGGCGGGCAGGUUCCUGGUGUCCGAGGCCUCCACGCACCUGCUGGUGUUCGGCAUGGAGCAGCGGCUGCCCCCCAACAGCGAGCUGGUGCAGGCCGUGCUGCGCCUCUUCCAGGAGCCGGUCCCCGAGGCCGCGCUCCGCAGGCACGAGCUGCUCUCCCCGCGCAGCGACCGGGCUCAGGGCAAUUGUGACCCUGAGGUGCCAGUGACCGAGGGCGCCCGCUGCUGCCGCCGGGAGAUGUACAUCGACCUGCAGGGCAUGAAGUGGGCUGAGCACUGGGUCCUGGAGCCCCCGGGCUUCCUGGCCUACGAGUGCGUGGGCACGUGCCGGCAGCCCCCCGAGCCUCUGAGCUUCAAGUGGCCGUUUCUGGGGCCGCGGCAGUGCAUCGCCUCGGAGACGACCUCGCUGCCCAUGAUCGUGAGCGUCAAGGAGGGAGGCAGGGCCCGGGCGCAGGUGGUCAGCCUGCCCAACAUGCGGGUGCAGAAAUGCAGCUGCGCCUCGGACGGGGCGCCCGUGCCAAGGAAGCUGGAGCCGUAG